AAUGAAAAUUAUAUUCAUUUAUACAGCUGGCUCGAUUUCCCAUUACUGCUAAUCCCAAGUAAUAAACUCCUUUUGCCUCUUCCAUUAGAAACUCUUCCUUUUUAUAAACCCCUUUCAAUUUCUGCCUUCUAACACCCUCAGCUCUGGGGUCAGCGUUUUGGAUCCAAGCUUUCAUCUAUGUUUUUGAGCAAGUAAGUUUAUCAUAUGCUUGGGUUUUGCUCAUAGGGACCAUAUAUUACAGGUUCUAAUCACUUGUCUUGAAGGUAUGGUCUAGACUUUAGAGGCUGUCACUGUUUAGCUACGCUAUUUUUUAAAGCUCAGUUUUGGUUAAAAGGAAGAUAAAAGUUUCCAUUAGUUUCUUUGAUCAAUGAGCUCACCAGGGUUCUUCAUUAUUUGUGUGCUCCAUUCUAUAGUAGCUAUUACUUGUGGAGCUUUAAUGAUGUUUUACACCAAGGAAGUUUCAGUUUUUGGCCAUGGUCAUGAGAUUGCAAGUAAGCUACAAGGUUCAACACCUCAUGAUCAACUCUUGAUCCAAACCUCUGAAUCAUUUUCUGGAUUGCUUUUAUUCACUAUUGGUUUGGUAGUGUUCAUGGUGGCAUUUGUUAAAGACUCAGAAUUCCAAAGCUUCUUUGCUAAAGGGUGUGUACUUCUUCAUGUUUCAAUGGUUAUUUGGAGAGUUUCUUUUGAAGGAAAGCUUGAGGAUCUUGCUCAUGAGUGGCCUAGACAAGCUCUUGGGGAUAUUGCCUUGGCGCUCUCCUGGGUGUUCCUUCUUGUAUAUUCAUGGAGGGAGAAGUAUGAUUAGUUAGGUUGAUUCUUGAAAAGAAAGACAACUUUGGAUUUUGAGUAGAAGUGAUAUUGUUAGCCGAAAUCUGAACAAGAACUGACGCAAAACUGUUUGUUCAGCAAAGUAGGAUUUCUGGAAUUUCAUGUCCAAACUGAAAAAUGAAUCUUGAAGCCUAAGAAAGAUGUCUUGAGAAAAUUGAUGGAGUGAUGGAAUCCUGGAGUGUCUCCUGCUUGAAUCUUGAUCUGGAUCUUGAACAUGCUUAAGUUCAAAGAAAAGUGAAAAGGAAUGUGAUAUGAGGCUGGCAUGUUUGCUUUCAUUCCGGAAGUGUGAAUAUGCUUUACCUUCUAAUGCUGAUGUUUGAGGGGCCUUGGCUUAAUGUAAUAAAUUUCCAUGUAAUUUUUGCUACAGAAAACAAUAAGAAAUGUAAGGAAUUGCUGCAUUUUGUGUCAG